UAAAAUAGAUAUUAAAAAAAGCGUAUAAACAACAUAAUAUUGGGACUAUCUAGAUCCAGUCUCUCUUAUAAGAACGUCAGUAUUGGUAUUUUAGUUAGUUUGCAACGAACUAUCAGUAAGGUAAAUUAUUCGUGCAGAUAUUUGUAGUGGAAAUGGAUGUGUCGUCUUUAAAACUACUUUUCGGGGUCGUCCUGAUUUUUACCACAACAAUUACUUAUACGACGGGAUGGACUCAUGUUGAAAAUUGUUCAAACGUUUCUCCGUAUUUAUCGACCAAUGCAAUAAUGCCAAUAAGAUAUGACGUCAAUCUCACAAUAAAAUCGUAUGCGAAUAUUAUAAGAGGCAUAAUGAAUAUUACGAUUGACGUGAAAAUAUUGUCGAGACGGAUAAACCUGCAUGCUCGUGGAAUAGACUUGGUUCCUCACAACAUAAUAAUUAAAUCGAUAGAUAGUCAAGAAAGUGAAGUAAAUAAAUUGCUUCAUUACACAAAUUGUGAAAGUAUUGACACUCUUGUUUUACUGUUUGAUCACUUUAUAAAACCUGGACUAUAUCUGUUACAAUUUGAAUUCGCUACACUUUUAAAUAAUGGCAAUACAGUCACGUUACGUUAUCCAUAUUUACGGAAUAACGUAAUUGGAGUGUGGAUGUUUAUGAAUCUACAUACACAUAGUUCGAUACGAGGACUGUUUCCAUGCUGGGAUCAACCAGAAGUAAAAGCAUCCUUUAACAUUUCAAUCAAGCAUCCUAUAGAAUACACGGCUUUUUUGAAUUUACCUAGAAUGAAUGAAAUGUUUCAUCAUAAUGUUGAUGCUAUUAUGACAUUGACAACUUUCUAUGAGAUUCCAUCGAUACCUACGUAUCUUUUGGGGUUUGUAAUGGUCAAUGAUGUUGUGAAAACUUCUAGUGUUUCUAGUGGUAUUAAUUCUGUAUGGCACAGACCGGAAGUGUCAAAAGCAAUGAAAUUGGCAUUGGAAGUGGCUCAAUAUAUUACAUUAGAGAUUUCUACCAAGACAAAUUUGCGUCUGUCAGUAAUUGGGAAUAUUAAUCACAUCAUACUUUUGAAUAGUCCACUGAAGUCCAUGGGACGACCCGGACUGAUUAUUUACAGAGAACGAGAUGUCAUAUUCGACAAAGAUCUCGAUAUGCCCGGCCAACAUAUUGAUGUUACAAAGUUAAUAACGUACGAAACAACGCGUCAAUGGUUUGACCAUUUAGUCGGCCCGCAUAGAUACUCUGAUUUGUGGAUACACAAGAUACUCUCGUCAUUUUACAGUUAUUACAUCCCAUCUAAGAUUUGGGAAGAAGACAGAUUUAUGGAAUUGUUCGUAGUUCAAAAUCUACCGUCUGCUUUAGAUAGUGACAAUAUCUUAAAUAUAGAAGCUAUUAUGCACGAAUUUAACGACAUUAACGAAAUUGAUGCACUACUUUAUCCUCGGCUGUACAAAACAGGAGCCGCAAUAAUUCGUAUGUUGUUCCAUCUUGUUACUCCGAAAAAAUUUGAAAUGGCCAUCAGUAGUUAUUUAACCGGUACCACGGACUUGUGGACUAAUCUCGAAGAGGUUCAUCCCCUGAAAACAAGUAACGGCUAUACUAUAAAAGACCUAAUGAAUUUAUGGUUAACAACGAAACAUUUCCCUGAGCUGCACGUUAUUCGUAAUUUUGGUAAUAAGACUGCGAGGUGCCAAGCGAUAUUUCGUGAAAUGAAGAUGAAUCAUUGGAAAAUACCUAUAACUUAUAUUACGCAGUCAAAUCUUAUUUCUAACAAUAUUUCGAAUGUCACUUGGUAUCAGUGGCCAAACGACAUAAUUAUUACUGAUAUUGAUCCUGAAGAUUUUAUUUUAGUUAAUGUAGAACAUGUUGGAUAUUAUCGUGUUGUUUACGAUGACAAGAGUUGGUAUAAAAUUUCAGCAUUUCUACAGUUUGAAAACUUUUUAAAAAUACCUGUUCUCAAUCGCGCUCAAUUGAUUAGCGAUGUGUAUUAUUUUACGGCAAAAGGUGAUAUCCAUAUAAGUGUAUUUUUGAACAUUAUUAAAUAUUUAAAGUGGGAAAAGGACUUUAUAGCGUGGCAUUCUAUGUUUAAUAUUUUGUCGUAUAUGUCGACCUUCUUCGAAUAUUCAGAGAGCAAAUUUAUAAAGCCAUAUCUUUUGGAAAUUCUGGAUGGAAUUGUUAAAAACGAUGAUUACAUAUUUCGAGAUUAUGAUGAUAAUGCUAUGCCGCAGGCAUUAAGAAUGUUAGCAAUAAGAUGGGCCUGUAAACUCGGUCAUAUCGGGUGCAAGAAAGCCGCAACCGCUAAAUUGAUCACAAAUCUUAAGAGCCUUAAAGGAAACAACGUACCGUCGCGGUGGAAAGAUUGGGUAUUUUGUACGGGGAUGAUGUUGGCAAAUAAGACAAUUUGGAAUAUUAUUCUGGAUGAAGCUGAACGCUACAACAAUAUUAUGUUUUUCAAGUACUUGUCUUGUACUGAUGAUGAAGAGAUUAUCCUACAUUACGUGGAUUAUUUACAUGGAGAGAAAGUUGAAGAAAAAUUGGGAAGAUCUAUAAAAGAAAUCUUUUUUUCCGUUAUCAAGAAACAUAUGAAGAAGGAUACUCUGUUGAAAUAUAUAUUAAAAAAUUAUGUUUUAAUAAAAACAAGUCUGUUCAGUGAAUUUCAUCAUAGAGAUAUUUUAGGUAUUAUUAUUAUGAAUGUUUAUUCUGAAGAACAACUCAACGAGAUAGCAAAUUUUAUUGAAAAAAAUUAUGAUAUUAUCCUUCAUGAUUCUGCAGUGAUUGCGAUUGAUAUUAUUCUUGAUCAACGAAGACUACAAAUACAGCAAGUGCUAAAAACAUUCGAAAUGUUUUAAGACAGUAAACAAAAAACAGCAUUUAUAAUAAGUCCAAUCAACAUAAUGAGAAAUAACAGAAAUAAUCGUUACGACAAUCAUUUGUAACGAUCACAUGUAACGAUCAGAGCAAACGUAUGUUUUCAAUAAAAAAUAAUGUUUAAUAUUACCUUA